AUGGAUUCAAAUCCCGUACGAGUCGUUGAGUUCUACUCUGGCAUUGGCGGGAUGCACUAUGCACUGAAACGUUCGGGAUUCUCAUUCAAAGUCAUUGCCGCAAUUGACAUCAAUACAACGGCCAAUCAAAUUUAUGCACACAAUUUCCCCGAAACUCAACUCCUUCAAAAUAACAUUGAAGCAAUAUCUGUGCAACAAUUGGACAAGUUUGAGGCUGAUUUGUGGACGAUGAGCCCUCCAUGUCAACCGUUUACACAAAAAGGGCGACAAUUAGGGAGCAGAGGAUCGUCGAUG